AACAACAAUAAAAAAAAGUAUUAUUUGUAAAAUUUAAAAUUAAACAAAACAAAAAAAAAAAAACAUUUUUACAAAACUUAACUGUGCAAUUGAUAACUUAAGAAACUAAAAAACACUCAAAUAACUAAAUAUAAAAGUGCAAUAAAUUAAAAAAGUUAAAAAAAAAAAACUUUUACAAUACAAAAAAAGACUGUGCUAAAAAAGUUAAAUUAGAAAACAAAAAAAAAAAAAAUUAAAAAAAUUCUUUGUACUUUGACUAAUAAUGUUUGGUUCCAAAAUUCGAUCAUGGAUGGAAAAUCAUAUUGUUCGUCCCCGAAAAAAAGGAAACAAAAAUAAAAAUUCUUCUAAUGGCACUUCAACUGCAUCAAAUAAUCUAACACAAAAUGGACAUGGACACAAAGGAGCAACUGGAUUUACGAUAUAUCAUGGAGAUGGUACAACCACGACAGCGUCAAUCACAGCCACCGCACCGAAUGGCAGUAUAUCAAGUCCAGCUCGGCGUAGAGAGGUCUCACCGAUACAGAAUCACACCACAAGCCGCUUUGGAUGGCAAUCGCCAAGUGAGGAAUCAGCAAUGUCACCAAAAUCUGAUAAUUUUCUCUAUGUCCAACACUCAAGUGUGAAGGCUCAAACACUAUCUGCAGCACCAACCAAAGGAUCACAGCAGCAGCAGCAUCAAAGAAAUUUCAUUGGUGCCAGUAACGGUGGCGUUAGUGGCAGUUGCAACGCCAUAACCGACCACACUGGCAGAGAAUCUCAUCAACAACAACACCAACAAAAUCAGCAACAACAAGGAAAACGAACAAAAACUCUUUCACCCAGCAGCAUGUUUCGACGAAAGUCCGCAGGCAAUGCGGCCUCCUCCGCUACCAAUGCCAAGCAUCCUUCGUCACAAAUCCAUCCGGUAGCUGGGUCGGACAAAUCAAAGCAGAAAUACCUCAAGGGUAGUAAUGGUUGUUCCAAUAGUCACUAUGAAGAAAUCCAAAACAACAAUAACCAGCAACAGCAGCAGAGUCAUCGAAAGGAGUACAUUCUGGAGCAAAAGGACCUAACGAGCUACCAUCCUACCAAUAAUGGCAGUGAGGGGAAGAAUGAAGCAACACCACGUUAUGGAAAAUUGCUUCCAUCGAAGAUGGCCGCCGGAGAUGGCUACAACUCAUCCCAACAGCAAUUCGGCUCAUACGAUAGUUUGAAUGCGAAUGUAGCAUACGCAGCAGUCAGUAGUAGUUUGGGUGGGGGUGGUGGUGAACUGCUGGACGAGAGGGUUCCUAGCAACAAUAAUAACGGCGGCGCCGGUGGUCAUAUCAAUGGGGGCUAUCCGUCGACGACGGGGGCGGUUUCUAAUGUGGUGCUACGCAAUGGCUUUGAGGCAAAUCGUCAGAUGUUAAGGUCAAGUCGUUACAAUGGAGCUGGCGGUAUAGCUGGAGGGGGACCAUCAAAUGGAAUGAUAUCAAAUGGCCCAGUGAACCAUCCAAUGGGUCACAUCAUGAAUAGUUUGUCGUCGCCAGAGAGUGCUUAUUCGACCGGAUAUUCCACAGAUGGCACUUCACCAGGUGCUACCUAUACACCACCGGAGUACUACAUCAAUAUGCGUACCGGAACUCAUUAUUUUCCAAAGAGUGUCAACACUCUGGCCAUCGAAGCACAGCGCUAUAAAUUCGGUCUGAAUAAAAUAGAGGAGAUGUCGCCACAGGAUCCUUUGCCAAACAAUAACAACAACAAUAAUCACCGCCGCACUGAAUCCUUUGACUCUGGACAAAGUAAAAUACCCGGUUUUGGUAUACCAGAUCCAGAAUUCUUUCAAAAUCAAGCAAAACUCUUUGAACAACAAAAUAACCAACAAAAUCAUCAUAAUCAACAUCAGCAACAGCAACUACAACAACAACAACAACAGCAACAUCAACAACAGAAAAUUAAUGUGGGAAGUCAUAGUCCACUGCCUUUGCGAAAUACUAUAGUUAUACCAACACUCAAGGGUUUUGAAUCACCAUCACCUCGUCAGCGUUGCCGCAUCCGAACGAAUCCAUGGUACUCAACAACAGACACAUCCUCAUCUGGCACCACAAUUGCCACAACGCAAGCAUUUCUUGCGGCAAAAAAAAUGGAACUUGAUGCCAGCUCCUCAUCGUCGGGCAUAAAAUCAAGUAGCGAAGCGGGCGCAAGUGAUAAAAAUGAGAAGAACGAAAAGACCUCUGAAGAGUCGACGUCGGAGACAUCAAGUUCCUCAACCGAAGUGGAGAAUUUGCAAAGGACUUAUUCGCCAAAUACUAUUCGACGGAAGAAGCAGCUCGGGGAGUUGCUGUUGACAUCGUCGUGUCGUUCCGAAAUGCAUUCUUUGCAUCAGCAUCAAGGUGGUGGUGGCUCACACCAUCAUUUAGAUAGUGACGAGGAUGCAACGUUAAACGAAAUGAUGGGCAAGUUCGAUGAGAGCUAUGUAUAUGAGAAAGAGACUGAUAUUUUAAGUAGUAGUGACUCGGAUCCUACGGAUUGUGCCUCAGACCUGGAUACAGGACAAGAUGCUGGCGAUGAGUGUGACACUGAUGAUAUGCUGGAUAUUGAGUUUAUUGACACAGCGUUGGUGGGACAGGAAACUGCUUUGGUGAAGACUUAUCAACUUCCGAGGAGGGCUUCGAGACAACGCCAUAUGAAGACCUAUCCAGGAGAGGAUGUUUCCAAGCGCCGGAAGAAACUCAUGAAGACCCGGAAGAAGAGUACGGAGAGCAAGGGACGUGGGUCACCGAUGAAGAACUCAAGGGAAUCUCGAAGUUUGGGUGGAACACCGGUUUGCUUGCGACGAAACCUAUCGGCUGAUAAUAAAAGGAUAUCCAAGGCCCAAACCCUAUCAACGCGUUGUAGUUCAUUAACUUUCACCGAGGUCCAUUCUAUUCGAAGUAAAUUUAUAGCAAUCGGUGAAAGUGAGAAAGCUUUACUCCGGGCGGACUUGGAAGCCGAUGUUAAAUACCGCCAGUUGAUUCAUGAGGCUGAAACCAUCUUAGUUUCCAUGAAGACCAGUGCUCUUAGCAUUCCUCGAGAAACUCCCGUUGCAAGUCCUCGAAGAAUUUGCAACCCGUUGGCCAAUAAGCGAGUUGAAAUGCUUAAACAGUGUGAAGCUGAUAUCAAGCGCGAGCUCCUAAAACAACAACAAAAAACUUUAGACGCUGAAAAUAACAUCUCUAUUGACAAUGGAGCUCUUAACAAACGUCUCGAAUCACUCAAAUACGAAACUAAUUCAGCUCCAAACAGUCCCAAAUCAAGUCGUUUUAGUCCACGUAAAACUCACAUAACCAAUUUUAUAAAUCAGAAUGCCCCACCAGAGGUACCGCCACGCCGGAGUAGUAUUCCUGAUCCACCACCUCGUUCGCCACAACUCCAAGUAAAUGGUAGAGCGAUAAAAGGUAAAUCGGCUUCACCAUUAAGCCAUCGUCGUAGAUUCCGUAGUCAAUCGCCAAAAAAACAACAACCAAUUUGUUCGGAUUCGGAUUCAGAUGAUAAUUCGAAUUCUUCGAUGAAACAGAAUCUCAGUCGGAGAUCUCGUAGUUUGAGAAGUACACAAGAUGAAGAAGAUAGAAGUAAUCGGAACUGUUUGCCAGAAAUUCAAAAGAUUACAAUUUACAAUGAAUCGGAUUAUACGAAUAGGAAUGUUAAGCCACCGUUGAUGUCGUUUAAGUCAUUUGGUGGUGUAGCAUCGACGAUUAGUAUGAGCAGUUAUUGUCCACAGAGUGAGCCUUUGAAAAGGAAGGUGUAUAGGGGAAGUUCAUCGUUUGAGAGGAUCAAAAAGAGCCUUGAUUUGGAUUCGGAAAUACCCAAACAAGCUAUUUUAGACAAAAUCAACAAUAUACGCCGUGAACGCCAAAGCUCUUUAUCUAUUAAAAGCUCUAACCAAGACAUGAACCAAUUUAUUAAUGAUGAACUACAACAACCAUUAACAAAUAAUGAUGAUGAUGAACCAACAAGUGUAUCAUCAAAUUUAAGCACUAAACAACAAUUAAUACUCAAUACCAUCGAAGAUUUGAAACGUAGUCUCGAAUACCAAAGUGUCGAAUUAAAUGGUCUCAAUGAGGACGAAUAAUAAAAUAAAACAAUAAUAAUAAUAAUAAAAACAGAAUUAAUUAAUGUGCAUUUAUUUUGUUUUUAUUUUUGUUUUGAAAAUAAUUUUU